CAUCACCAAGCAACGGUAAACACUUUCACAGCCCCUUGCCGCCAUCGACACCUCCUCCGGAGCCCACCGACAGCCACGGCCGCCGCACCUCUAGCUUCGCCCUGCCCAUCUAUCCCAGCAGCCUUCCGUCUCUGCACCUUCGCCCGCAAACACCGCCGCCGGCGCCCGCCACCACCAUGGCGCUCGAUACCUUCUUCCACAACAAGAUCGAGGCGAUGAAGCUGGAGAUCAUCCAGGGACAGGCCAAGCUGCGUCGCCUGGAAGCUCAGCGAAACGACUACAACUCAAGAGUGCGGUUACUGCGAGAAGAGCUUGGGCUGCUCCAGCAGCCUGGGUCCUAUGUUGGUGAGGUCGUCAAGGUCAUGGGCACAAAGAAGGUGCUCGUCAAGGUACAUCCUGAAGGCAAAUACGUCGUCGACAUCGCCGACAACGUAGAUAUCAGCAAACUCACAGCCGGCAAGCGCGUCACCCUCCUCAGCGACUCGUACAAGCUCGAGAAGCUCCUGCCGUCUUCGGUCGACCCGCUUGUCUCGCUCAUGAUGGUCGAGAAGGUGCCAGACAGCACUUACGACAUGAUCGGUGGUCUGGACCAGCAGAUCAAGGAGAUCAAGGAGGUCAUCGAAUUGGGCCUGCAACAUCCUGAGCUAUUCGAGUCGCUCGGUAUCGCGCAACCAAAGGGUGUCCUGUUGUACGGCCCACCAGGAACCGGAAAGACGCUGCUUGCGCGUGCGGUAGCGCACCACGCCGACUGCAAGUUCAUCCGAGUGUCAGGAAGCGAGUUGGUGCAGAAGUACAUUGGUGAGGGUAGUCGAAUGGUUCGAGAACUCUUCGUCAUGGCCCGCGAGCACGCGCCGAGUAUCAUCUUCAUGGAUGAGAUCGACAGCAUCGGUUCAAGUCGUGUGGAAGGAAGCUCAGGCGGUGACUCCGAGGUGCAGCGUACCAUGUUGGAGCUGCUCAACCAGUUGGACGGUUUCGAGCCGACAAAGAACAUCAAGAUCAUCAUGGCGACCAACCGUCUCGAUAUUCUGGAUCCUGCCCUGCUGCGACCCGGACGUAUCGACCGCAAGAUCGAGUUCCCACCGCCAACGGUCGAGGCGCGUGCUGACAUUCUGCGCAUUCACUCCAGGAGCAUGAACUUGACCCGUGGCAUCAACCUUACCAAGAUCGCGGAGAAGAUGAAUGGAUGCUCAGGUGCCGAGCUGAAGGGUGUUUGCACCGAGGCUGGUAUGUACGCGCUCAGGGAGAGGAGAGUACACGUCACGCAGGAGGACUUUGAUCUGGCGACAGCCAAGGUGCUCAACAAGCACGACGACAAGGCCGUCAGCUUGGGCAAGUUGUGGAAGUAGGUUCAGCAGCGGGGGAGAGAAUACGAAGCUGUCUUUGCUUGCUUUCUCAAGGUGUUCUUACACCAGAGUUUUGUACUAUAAGCAUAGCAUGAUGAGUACUCUUGAAAUGAACGAAACGAUAAUGCACUCCAC